AUGACCCAUCACAGCCACUCUGCAAGGACGGCUUCGGUUGCCGUGGCGCUGACGAUGAUUGUCAUGGCCGCGCUCUGCUGCACGUCGGCGGAGUGCAUCUCCGCUACCCCCAACACACGUUUCGAAAGCGAGCGCCUACUCGUGAGGAUUCUGGAGUCAUCUGAGGCAGUGACGCCGAUCCGGAGCGCACCGCCGGGCACUGCGGAGGUCACAGGUAGUCUGUUGCACGUGAUGGCAAACGCACUCCCAGCGCACGCAUCGCCGAACCCGGAGCGCCGACCAGAUGAGACUUCACAAGUGAGGUUCACGCUGGCGUUCGCGGCGGGACGAGUGCACGAAGCUGCAAACCAAGCUCGUGCCGUCUCACCCGGCGUCGUUGCUAUGGGCGCUGUUGCGACCACUCCGGCCGGCAAGUCACCCACGUUGCAGGCAUCAUUGUCCGUGCAGCUUUCGCACCGCCCUCUCGCAAAUGGGGAGGAAGUGCACUCGGUGGAGCAGCUCAACAAGGCAUCGCCGUUGUCGCCGAGUCACCAGCGCAAGCAGCUGGUGCCGUCCUCGUACAAGGCGGCCGGGCAACUUUCGGCGCAGCAGGGCAGUCUAAAGGGCACCGCAACUGAGGCAGUACUUGUGCCAAAGACGGUAAGCAUCAAUUCCUCUGAGGGAGUGCUAAGCUCAGAGGGUGACUACGGCGCCGUCCUCUCCAGUGGCGUAAUUGCCUCCUUCACCGUCGCCCUCAUCUUCGCUGGCUUGCUGCUGAUUUUGGUGUUGGUGGAGGUUUGUGGAAUGGUUAUUGCGUCCGUGAAGCAUCGCCGGAUGCGCGCGACCCGAGAGGCGAAGGGUGCCGAUGGACCGGCCGAGCUCAAGCGCGGUGACUUCCGCGAUACCGCCGGCUGCGUGCCGGUGUAA